CAGGGAGCUGAGAAGAAACACACUUUGAAUGUCAUCACGCCGUCCUUCAAACAAAGACUGUCAGCGAUGUUUAACUUUUAUUUUCUUGACCGCUCUCUGCACACAUUGAUCGUGUUUAUGUUUCUUUGUAGGCUUAAAGAAAACAUCUGAUCAUCAACAUCAAGUCAUGGCUAGACACCGGAGGGGGAGGAGCCUGUCCGAGGCGCUGACCCUGGAUCAGCUGGAGGAGGGAGGGGUCGUCAUUUCCAGCAUCAGCAACCCCAAACACAGCCAGGACCUAAAGGAAGGGGAUGAAAUUAUGGGGGCAACCAUAAAUUUUGAUCAACUAUCAAAAGAGGAAGUGUUGAAAGUCCUGAAGCUAAUGGAGCCGUUCGAAGAUAAAAUCCAAGUUCACACUCGAAACAACUUAAGCAAGAGUCUCAGUGACCUGGAUGUGUGUGCCAGGAACCCUGAGAAGAUGCUCACCGAUUCCUACAGCAAACUCUACAAGACAAAAAUAAAGAAGUUUUUGAAGGAUGACUUGCCCAGUGACGAAGGCAGCAUUGCGAGUGGCGAGCCUACAGCUACUCCUGCAUCCAAGGUCAAGCCCAAACAUGACACAGAACUUCCUCGCCUUGGAGUUGACUUUGGACUUCUAAAACCCAAGACUCCAAAAACAGAUGCCAGUUCAGAUUUAACGGAUGACAGCAACAUGGCCCUUCCAUCCCUGAGUCUCGGCUUCAACGGUGGCAGUCAAAGUGACAUUGAAGAACCAAGACUGGACCUUAAUACUCCAAAGACUUUUCCAGAAGGUCUUAAAGCCAAGACUUUUGGUGAUCCAGAAGUAGAUUUUGAAUUGAAAGAUUUGGAUGUUGCAGUUCCUAUGGUGGAGGCAGACCUAAAGAGAGAAGACAUCCCAACCACUAGUGUUGAUGGUCCCAAACUGAACAUUAAAGGAACAAGCCCACAAUCAAAAGGUCCAAAAUAUAAUUUUCCAAAGCUAUCUAUAUCAGGGCCUUCUCUUAAUGGCCCUGAAGGUCAAAUCGACCUACCAGAUGUAGCAACUAAACAGGAACCCUCAGGAAAACUCAGUGUCAAGAAGUCUAAACGCAUUAAGCCCCCAGAUCUGAAUUUGGACGAUCCUUCCAGUUUUGUGGAGUUUCUAGAAUUAAAAUCUGGAGAUUUAGAUUUGGAUUCUCCAUCUCAUGGUCUCCCAAACCUGGAAUUUGAUGCCAAAACAAAAGAUGAUGUUAAAAGACCAAAGAAAAAAGCAAUAGAUCUGUCUGUUCCAUCAGUUGGUAUUAAAAGUUCAACUAAAAAAUACAAACCCCCUAAGUUUGAGAUGCCCAAAUUUGAUUUGCCAGAAAUCCCAAUUCCUGAUUUAGAUGGAGAUUUUAAGCAAGCUGAUCUGCAGCUGACCACACCUGACAACGACAUCACCUUUCCAGAUGGAGAGUUAAACAUUCAAGGUCCAUCUGGAAAAGUCAGGGCUACAGAUGUCAACCUGGACAUGCCCUCGGGUAACCUGAAAAGGCCAGAACUUCAAGGUCCAGACUGGGAUAUCAAUGCUCCUUCAGGGAAAUUGAACAUGGACAUGAAGACACCAGAUGUCGACAUCGGUUCACCAAAAGGAAAGCUCAAAUUUCCCAAAAUGAAAAUGCCCAAAUUCAACUUCCCGAACUUCAAAGGUCCUGAAGUUGAUGCCAAAUUGGAUCAUCCAGAUUGGGAUGUAAAUGCUCCAAAUUUGAAACUCAAAGGUCCAAAAACUGAUCUAGAUGCAGAUGUGUCUGCUCCAUCCUGGAAAUUCAAAAAACCCAACUUUGACUUUCCUGACAUGAACCUCAAGGGUCCAAAAUUAGAUGGUCCCAAUCUGGACUUUAAAUCACCUGACUUUGAUGUCUCUGGACCCAAACUAAAGGGAGGAAUUGAUGCCCCAGACAUAAACCUGCCCAAGGUUGAUCUCAAAGCUCCUAAACUGGACCUCAAUGCUCCAGAUGUCAACCUGGACAUGCCCUCGGGUAACCUGAAAAUGCCAGAACUUCAAGGUCCAGACUGGGAUAUCAAUGCGCCUUCAGGGAAAUUGAAAAUGCCCAAAAUGAAUCUUUCAGGAACGUUACCAAAAGGACCAAAUCUGGAUGCAGAUCUGACAUCACCAGAAUUCACUGGCUCUCCAAGAGCAAAACUAAAAAUCCCUAAAGUUGGUUUGUCUUCUCCCAAGGGACGUGAGAUUGAUGGAAAUGUAAAAGGCUUUGAAGUUCCUGAAGUUGACUUUGGAUCCCCAUCAUGGAAAUUGAAAAUGCCAGAUGUAGGAUUUUCAAAACCAAAGUUUGAUAGCCCAGAUCUUGAUCUAAGUUCUCCUAGUCUUGAUACCAAAAUACCAAAGUCCAACAUGAAACUGAAUUCAGAUUUUGAAACUCCAGAUUCAAACUUUAGACUUCCUAAGGUGAAAGGUGCCUCUAAUUCCCCUAACAUGGGUUUGCCAGAUGUGGACCUCAAAGCUCCCAAAAUGGACAUCUCCACUCCAGAUAUUGAUAUUGGUGUUCCUGAUAUGAAUCCAAAAAUGCCCAAAAUGAAGAUGCCAAAGGACAUCAAUGGGCCCAACAUUAGCAUUCCAAAUGGGGAUGUUUUUGAACCAAGGCUGAAGGGGCGUGGUGUAAACAUGCCAGCUCUAGAUCUACAUGGCCCUCAAAUCAAGGGUCCGAGAUUAGACCUUCAAGAAAAACAUCCUGAUUUCCAGAUGCGGGGCAAUAUGGGACAACCUAGUAUGAACUUCAGUUCCCCAAAAAUGACAGAUUUCAGAGGGCCAAAGACUGGUAUAAACUUCCCACCUGCAGAUGUCCGUGGUCCUCAGGCUGAUCUGGAACUGACAGAUAGAAAGUUUAAACUUCCCUCUUUUAAAAUGCCUCAAUAUGGGGGCACAAAUAUUCACAAUUUGGGCUGUGAUAUUGACUUUGGGGAAUCUUUUAUCCCAAAAACUCUUUCUCCUCCAAAUGCAACACUUAACAUGAGAUCAGGAACCACAAAGGGAAAUCUCAGAAGUCCGAGGCUCACUGCACAAAACAAUAUGGUCUCUAACAUGCCCAAAGCAGCAAUUCGCACUUCACAGCCUCAUCACAGAUCUUCAGGUUUAGAUAUAGACAAUCCCUCAGCAAAAUUCCAAGGACCUUCCCCCAAAAUGUACACAAAUGUGAGCAUGAAAACGCCUGUCCUGGACAUAGAUCAAGACGUCAGGCUUCGUCCCAACAGAAGAGCCUCCAGAAGCAACGUAAGAUCCAGUUAUCCUGCAGCGAAUGCUGCUCUAUAUCCACACAUGGAUUUUAGACAUUCAGACCUCAACAUCGAUGACUUCACUGGAAAAGAUUAUGUGCUUCGAGCCAGAGGUUCAAAUCUGGAUCUCAGUGAGAGACACAACUAUGGACAGAUGAUCCCGACUCCACGGGUUCAUGUGGACUCAAGAGGUUCCAGAAAACCCAGACCCAUGACAACCAAUGAUUUCACUCUACCGGGUUUGUCUCACAGUUUGCAUAAAGUGCCCCAGUACGGUUCAGAUGGAUACCUCGUCACUGUUUUCCCUAAUCAAACUCCAAAUUCAAAAAUGCAAAACCUUAAAUAUAAUACUCCCAAAAGGCAAAACUUUCUGCCAACCAAUCUGGAUCUUGAUGUUCCAUAUCAAAAUAAUCUAAAAGGCUCCACGUUCUUUUUCUCCAAUGUUGUCUAGUCAUUGCAGUUUCAACGUAUUUUGGUGUUUAAGUCUGUGUUAUGUAACGGCUUUUUAUGAUUCAUGCACUUUUUCUAAGAAAUGUAUAGAUUUCAACUUUUACAGAAUAAAAAAAACUGUUAAAACUUGUUUUGAUAGAAGGCAGAUUUUUAUUUGUUUUUACUUUUAGUUAAAUGGAGAUUUAUUUAGCAUUUUUCCCAUUUUAACGUUGAUUGUGUUUUGUAAAAACAAAGAUUACAGAAGGACGUUCUUUGGUUAAAUAUUUGAUUUUGUAAAAUAUUCAAGUUUUCUUCUAUUUUGGAUCAACAUAUAUUUAUUUUCUGUGUUCGUCCCUUCAGUUGUGGAUGUUUUAAUAUAAGCUCUGUGGAGGAUUUUGUUGUGUAUGUUACAGGAAAAAAUCUCAUCUUUUAUAAUUAAAUAAAACUGUCCUGAUACAAAUCUAUAUUGUUUAAUC